GGCUCUUCCGGUGUCAUGGCGCCAAAGUGUUUGCUGCUAGCCGGUUGCGGUGAGGACUUUAACGGAAUGGGCUGUUUUCUGUGACUUCUAAAAGCUACAGCCUGUAUAGGAAAGACCGUAGGAGACCCUCAAGCUGAGCAAUGAACGGAAAGAAUCUCACAACUUCCUAGAUGUCUGAGAACUGCAACUUUUGUAGGGAUUUAAGAACAGCAAAACCACGAGGAGUCAGUAACCUUUGAGGAUGUGGCUGUGAACUUCACCCCUGAGGAGUGGACUUUGCUGAGUCCAUCCCAAAAGAGGCUCUACAGAGAUGUGAUGGGAGAAAUCUUUAGGAACAUGGUGACUGCAGGAAGACACUUGAAUAACCAGAAAGUGGAAGAAGAGUACAGUAACUAUUGCAGAAAUCUAAGAAAUGAAGAGGUUGAGAAAUGCCAUCAAUCUAAAACCUGCAGUCUGCAUAAAAAAAGCUUCCUUUGCACUCAAGAUGCUAAUGCCCAUAUGAAACAAUAUGGUUUAAAACCAAUGGAAAGUCUUUUUUACAGAAUGUCCCUAAUUGGGCAUUUGUCACUAAAUUUGCCCAUCAGAGUUCACACUGCACUGAAGCCAGAUGAGUAUUUGGAAUCUGAAGGGAAGCUGCUUAAAAGUAAUGAAAAUAAAAUAAACUGUGAUAGUUUACAGUCAUUUCAAAAUAAUGCAAGUGCAGAGACUGACAAGAAACCAUAUGAAUGUGAUCAGUGUGAGAAAUCCUGCUGUGCUCUUAGUGAAACAGCUCAUCUUAGAGACAAGGCCUUUGUAUAUCAGAAAAGUUCGAAUGCCUCCAGCAAAACUACUGAUAUUGAGAUUUAUCAGACAAAUCACAUUAAAGAUAUACCCUCUGCAGAUGAGCAAUAUAGGAAAGAUUUUAGCAUGCAUAGUAUUUUUCAACGUGAAAAAAUUGAGAUGGAAGAGAAAAAGUAUGUAUAUAAGCAAUGUAGGAAAGUUUUCAGAACAAAAGCUAAUUGGCAGAGACAUGAAAGAACUCACACUUGUGAGAAACCUCAUGUAUGUAAGCAAUGUGGGAAAACUUUUGGCACACAGGAGCAUUGUAAAAGACAUGAAAGAACUCACUCUGUAGAGAAACCUUACAUAUGCAUGCAAUGUGGGAAAGGUUUCAGUUCACAGAGUUACUGUAAAAUACAUGAAAGAAUUCACACUGGAGAGAAACCUUACAUAUGCAUGCAAUGUGGGAAAGGUUUUAUUUCACGGAGUUAUUGUAAAUUACAUGAAAGAACUCACACUGGAGAGAAACCAUAUGUAUGUAAGGAAUGUGGGAAAGCUUUCAACACAUCUGGUGUUUGUAAAACACAUGAAAGAACACACACUGGAGAAAAACCUUAUGUAUGUAAGCAGUGUGGGAAAGCUUUCAGUACACAUCAUAUUUGUCAAAAGCAUGAAAGACUUCACACUGGAGAGAAACCCUAUGUAUGUAAGCAGUGUGGAAAAGCUUUCAGCACAUAUGGUGUUUGUAAAGUACAUGAAACAACUCACAAUGGAGAGAAACCUUAUGUAUGUAAGCAAUGUGGGAAAGCUUUUGCUACACAUAGUAUUUGUCAAAGGCAUGAAAAAAUUCACACUGGAGAGAAACCAUAUGUAUGUAAACAGUGUGGGAAAGCUUUUAGCACACGCCAUGAAUGUCAAAAUCAUGAAAGAAUUCACACUGGAGAGAAACCCUAUGCAUGCAAGGAGUGUGGGAAAGCUUUCAGCACACGUCGUUAUUGUCGAAAUCAUGAAAGAAUUCACACUGGAGAGAAACCCUAUAUAUGUAAGCACUGUGGGAAAGCAUUCAGCACACGUUAUUGUCGAAUACAUGAAAGACUUCACACUGGAGAGAAACCCUAUGUAUGUAAACAAUGUGGGAAAGACUUCAGCACAAACAGUCAGUAUCAAAUACAUGAAAGAAUUCACACUGGAGAGAAACCCUAUGUAUGUAAGCAAUGUGGGAAAGCUUUCAGCCAUUCCAGUAGAUGUAAAAUACAUGAAAGAAUCCACACACAGGAGAAACCUUAUAUAUGUAAGUGUGGGAAAGCCUUUCUAUGGAGGUAUCAAUAUCAAAGACAUGAAAAACACCACAUUUCAGAGAAAACAUGUACAUAAUCAAUUUGGGAAAUCUUUCAGCAGAAACAAUCAUUGUCAAAACCAUGAAAGGACUCGCACUGGAGAGAAGCUAUAUGCAGGUGAGCAAUUCAGAAAAGCUUUCAGCACAAAUAAUUAUUGUCAAAUACAUGAAAGAAGCCACAGUAUAAAAGCCUAUGUAUGCAAGCAAGUAGAAAGAAAUUUCCUAAGUCUUCAUUACAUAGACACUAAGAAACUCAUUGAGAAGCCCUAUGUGCAUAAGCCAUAUGGAAGACAUUUCAGUACACACACAUUGUCAAACAUAUGACUAUAUUUUAUGUCAUGUAGAAGUGUCACUGUGAAGAAGCUAUGUAUUCAAGGCUAUUUUGAAAAGUCUGUAAGACUGUAUUUGAAAGACUAUGUAAGACUAUGUUUACCAAAAGCUUUUGCACAUACAUUGCUUACAUACAUAAGGUUUCUCUCUACUGUGGAUUCUUUCAUGUAUUUUACAAACACCAUAUGUGCUGAAAGUUUCCCACAUAGUUCCAUUUAGUAAAAUCCUUUAUAAACAAUACAAAAAGUGUUUUAUGUCAGUGUUUCUUCACAAAUAUCCCAAAAAAAUCAUAUCCUAGAUGAAGAUAUCUGAAAGUACCUACAUAAUGUGGUUUUUAUUGUCACAUUUGUGCAGUGUUUAAUCAGUUGCUAUAAUGAGGUGUUUUUAUCUGAGUGUCUGAGCUUACUGCAUAGUGUCCAAAUUAAGCAUGGCUGGUUAAAUGUAUUUUUUGCUUUCAACUACAGUUAGUGUUUGUACUUUUUAUUUUAACUUUAAUUUUGAGAGGCAUAGAGCUUUAAAAAUCUUAACUUUGUAAUUUUUGCUAUUGAAUUUUUCAGUUUUUCUUUUCAAUUGUUUGUGUGUUUUCUUUAUUCUAUGAAAAAAGGAUAUUUUUAGCUUGAUUCUAUAUUUCAUAUUGAUACAUAUUUUCAAAGAUUGAACAUGAGAUUUUGACAAAGUUGAAUUGUUUUCACACAACUUGUAGAUUAGCAAAUUUUGUUUUUCAUGUGACAUGACAAGAUACCUGCUUGUAUACCAACAUCGCUGUAUAUUGUGUCAUGAAAAUAUGUUGCAUAUUUUUCAAUAUGGUAAUUCCUAUAAGGUUUUAACUUUUCACACAAAAUUUUUCAUGUUUAAAUGGCAAUGUUAGUUUGCUUCACUGGUAUUUUUUAAACCACAUAUAUCAAACAGAAACCAUACUGCUCUGUGUUUGUCAUUGCCAGAAUCCCACUAUUACAGAAUUCAAGAUAUCAAAGAGACCUAAUUGGAAAAAGAAGUGUGUAUUGGGUUUUAGAUGCACACUGGCUCAGUAUGAUCUUAUGAUGUCAAAGAUGAUUGAGUACCAAAACAAAGGAAAGACACUAGUUUUAUACAUUUAGUUAGGGUUGAGAAAUGGGAUGGUGGCCAUCAAGGUCGCAGAAACAAGACAGCAAUUUAUGACAGCCUUGAAAGAAGACAGAACUUUGUGAAUCCGCUGGGAAUAAGAUGACAUAAACUCUUCGCAGUACAUAGUUGUCAAUCUUUCCUCUACCAGAAUAACAACCUAUAGCCUCCAGCGAAGAAGGGGAACUUUGAGGGAGAUUCCUCUAAGUUCCACUUCAUCACAUAACCAUAACUGUCUCUUAAAGGAAAUCAUGAUGUACAGUUAUCUUUCCACAAAAUAUAAAUUAUGGCAUAGCACCAAUAAGAACAUUUUGAAUGGAAUGUUCAACAUCUUUUGAAUUUUUCUGGGAAGCAUGGUUGCUACUGAAUGUAAUAAGGCAAAUGGCUUUGUUCUAUUCCCUGAUGCUUUGAUUUUAUAAUAUCUUUGAUAAUCAUUGUUUUUACAUAUGAAGCUAAGAUACUGGCAUACAGAAAAAUCAAACUCCUGAGAUGUAUCAUUCAGUUCAUUAAAAUGAGAAAACUUUGAAA